GUCAGCCAGGUCAGUCGAUCAACUAAAUUCCUAAAUUCUAAUCUUGGAAAGUCGUACUUCUUUGAAUAGCUUUCCGAAUUUCCUCCUCCUUCUCCUCAAAUUAUUUUUCUCAAGUUUAUCUCUUUAAGUCAAUCUCUCAUCACCUUUCCCAUUCAUCCAAACAUUAAUAUCUAAUAGGUAACCAUGGCAUUCAAGACCUUAUCGGCGAAAGCUGCUGCUGCUCUGGAUAAAGAGCUUAUGAGCACCGGAGCUUUUUCAAUUGAUCAGCUUAUGGAGCUGGCCGGCUUAUCAGUUUCGCAAGUCGUGUAUCGAGUGCAUCCUCUAAGUAAAGGCAACAGGGUGCUCGUAGCUUGUGGUCCUGGUAACAAUGGUGGUGAUGGUCUUGUUGCAGCUCGUCAUCUUCGUCAUUACGGGUAUCAGCCAGCUAUCUACUAUCCAAAAAGAAGCAAAAAUGAACUCUACCAGCGACUUGCCAAACAGUUGGAAGAUCUUGAGGUACCGUUCGUGGAGGAUUUUCCAGCGGCUAUUAAGUCGACGGAUCACAUUGUAGAUGCAGUUUUCGGUUUCAGCUUCUCGGGCGAAAUUCGUGAACCCUUUCCAGCGGUGAUUCGAGCUUUAGAGGAAACCAAGCUUCCCGUGACCUCUGUCGACGUACCGUCAUCCUGGGAUGUCGAAACUGGGCCACCGGAAUCUGGCUUGGGGAGCAAAUUCAACCCUGAUUUCUUGAUCAGUCUAACAGCUCCCAAGCCAUUGGUUAAAUACUUCAAGGGACGACAUUUUAUAGGCGGCCGGCAAGUAUUCUCUUGUGCCAUGGAAAAAGAAAGGGUCGUGUGGCUGACUUACUCGCAGCUUUGUUUCCCCAGCAAUUGCCAAGAAAUAUGAUUUCGAAGUUCCAGAGUAUCAAGGAAUUGACCAAAUUGUUGAGGUCGGUACCGGAGGAGAAAGGCUCUGAUUGCCGAGAUUUGAUCCAGAGUGCUUUUCCAAGCUGGAACCGUCGGCUUGUCGAAAAAGCACAUCCAGUGUGUCAACUGACAUUGCAACCGCCCGUGCGACUGUAAGGACAAACUGGACUGGGGCAUCUUCCUUCUUGCAUAUCUUCGUUCUCUUCGGCUAUUCCCCUAGGGCACCGUAACAAUGGAGGAUGAUAGUCUUUGCAAAACUCGACAUAUACAAGAUAUUGUUUCCCGCAGACAGGGCACUCCGCGGUGUGCUCAGUGCACAUUAAAAUUAAAGGCUGGGUCUUUGCCCCGAAUCGCAAAGAACACGGGAAUAUGGAGCGUCCCUGGAAGGACGACUGUCUCGACGACAACUGUUGAUUUGGCAUACCAUCCGUAUAAACGUGGCUAAUUAGUAUCUGGUGUGGCUUUCGAGUACAGAAAUAGGACACAAACGCCUAUAAGAGUAUUAUUGUAAUACGACGUCUGGUAUCGCCACCACCGAACCAGAAAAGUACAUUUGACCACUGAUGAGCUACUGAUGAAACCCCUGUGGCAAUUGCAGGUCAUGGGGAUACGUAACUGGCAACCCCUAGAAUUGUACAAGAAGGGGAAUUGUCAUUUCUGUUUAUUCAAGCAGUUCAUGUUAACUGCCUGCCUUAG